AUGCAAACUUUUCCUAAAACGUGUCACUCUGCUCAACAACCAAUCAUUACAGAUAUAGACUACUGUAGAAGCAAUCCAUGUCAGAAUGGAGCUUCCUGUUCCUCAAGACUGAAUGGUUAUACCUGUAGCUGUUUGCCGGGAUACAAUGGUGUUCAUUGUGAAAAUAAUAUAAAUGAGUGUGCCAGUUCGCCGUGUAAUCAUGGUAGAUGUGUAGAUCAUGUCAACAAAUACACAUGCACCUGUGAUCCGGGAUACACGGGAAUCAACUGUCAAAUAGACAUUAACGAAUGUCAGAGUUCACCUUGUGUCCAUGGCAACUGUACAGAUCUUGUCAAUAUGUACACUUGUGAAUGUCAACUCGGAUAUACUGGAGUCAACUGUGAAACAGAUAUAGACUACUGUAGAAGUAAUCCAUGUCGAAAUGGAGCUUCGUGUUCAUCAAGACGGAAUGGUUAUAACUGUAGCUGUUUGCCAGGAUACAAUGGUGUUCAGUGUGAAAAUAAUAUAAAUGAAUGUGCCAGUUCUCCAUGUAUUCAUGGUAGAUGUGUUGAUCAUGUCAACAAAUACACAUGUACCUGUGAUCCGGGAUACACGGGAAUCAACUGUCACAUAGACAUCAAUGAAUGUCAGAGUUCACCAUGUGUUCAUGGCAACUGUACAGAUCUUGUCAAUAUGUAUACUUGUGAAUGUCAACUCGGAUAUACUGGAGUCAACUGUGAAACAGAAAUCAACGAAUGUGUAAGCUCACCAUGUUUUUAUGGAGAAUGUUUCGACGAAAUCGCCAAAUAUACAUGUGUCUGUGACGUAAUGUUUGUCGGAAAUCUCUGCGAAAAAGUGAAUACAGCAUAUAUAAUAACCAUAGCGCUAGGAAUGCUGGGAAUCAUAACGACCAUAAUAGGAUUGUUUAUCAUGUGGAGAAAAAAGAAAAAUAAGAUAGAUUCUACACCACCUUUUCCGUUUGAAAACAUGAAACUUGGCCAGCCGAAAUCCCAGUUUCAGCGAAAUGCUGUACAGAUGGUUCGUACUAUUCGGCAACCAGAUCCCGUUUUGUUUCCGGAUGGAAAUCUUGGACAGCCAAAUUAAUUUAAUUCUGCAUCAACAGAUAAAGGCUUCUUUCUUCUGUACAUGAAUAAGUUUUAUACUCGUAGGCUUAAAGAUGCUCGUGAAAUGCAUUUUAAAUAUUGAUGAAAGGAAAGUUAUUACUUUUUAGUAGUUUUCUUUUAAUUUUGACACUGUCGAGACAUAUAAAUA